CCCCCGUUGUUUAGCUCCCACGAAGGCUGGUACAUCGUUAGUCGCUCGAGACCUUUCUUAAUAAAUCCGACAACCAACUCCACGUUUCCCUUACACCCAUACAAACCUCUCAGUGCACUCAUUUCUAACCGGCAGGGAACACUCGACUUAGUUGCAUACCUUCUCCAAAACACUUGGCGACAAUGGCUACCCGGACGCUGGAGUCGCGCUUUGAGCGCAUGUCGGUGAAUGACGAGAAUGAGCCUGUCGACAGCGGCAAGCUCUACUCCAAGACCCAGUCUUUGGUCAAGACAUCACAGCUCUCCCAGGCUUCGAGCAGACCAAAUCUCGUCAAGGUCGCACUCCAGUCCCAGAGCACAAACGCCGUCGCCCCGGUAACGCUGCCCUCGCAGUCCGCACAACGACUUGCGAAAAACCCUGCUUCACCCGCGAGAAAGCCCCUGCCAUCGACCUCGUCGAGGACGUCUGAUGAAGUCGUCGAGGUCGAGCGCAAGUCGACCAUCUCCCUCAUCGUCGAGCCCUCGGCGCCCAAGGUCUUCCACCUCGGCAUGUUCGAGAUUGGCCGGCCCUUGGGCAAGGGAAAGUUCGGCCGUGUGUACCUCGCGAGGGAGCGCACGAGCGGUUUCAUCUGCGCCCUCAAGGUCCUGCACAAGAACGAGCUCCAGCAAGGCCGCGUCGAGAAGCAGGUCCGUCGCGAGAUCGAGAUCCAGAGCAACCUGCGCCACCCCAACAUCCUUCAGCUGUACGGACACUUCCAUGACAGCAAGCGCGUCUUCCUCAUCCUCGAGUUUGCCGGCAAGGGCGAGCUGUACAAGCACCUCCGCAAGGAGAGCCGCUUCCCCGAGUGGAAGUCGGCGCAGUACAUUGCCCAGAUGGCCUCGGCCCUGCGCUACCUGCACCGCAAGCACGUCAUCCACAGGGAUAUCAAGCCUGAGAACAUCCUUAUGGGCAUCCAUGGCGAGAUCAAGAUUUCCGAUUUCGGCUGGAGCGUCCACGCCCCCAACAACCGCCGCAACACAAUGUGCGGUACCCUCGACUACCUGCCGCCCGAAAUGAUCAAGCCCGGCAGCUCGGACAACUACUACAACGAAAAGGUCGACCUCUGGAGCUUGGGCGUCCUCACGUACGAGUUCCUCGUGGGCGAGGCACCCUUCGAGGACACGCCCGUGAUGACGCAAAGGAGGAUCGCCCGGGCUGACAUGACGGUCCCGUCGUUUGUCAGUCCCGAGGCCAAGGAUUUGAUUAAGAAGCUGCUCGUUCUUGACCCCGAGAAGAGAAUACCCCUCGAGCAGGUCCAGACGCACCCCUGGAUCGUCAAGCACUGCGUCAAAGGCGAGAGAGCCGCCAACCGCGAGAAGAGCACCUAAUUUAUGACCCUUAUGAUUCAUGCAUCACAUACCAUCAAGGCAUAACGGCCCUUGUAUGAUUAACGGCGUUUCUUCUUUGCGGGAUCCAGGCGGGCUCUGAUCUACGGCUUGGGGUUUUGGGGGGCAGUCUUGUUUCUUUUUCUUUCCAAUUGCAUGGCGGGAGUUGGGUCGUCUCUAAAUGUCCGUCGUUUUUUUGAAGUGUAGAGAGACAGAACCAGAGAAGCAUAGCCAUUCAUCGUAAAAGCAUUACUGU